UAACCCCAGAGGGACUGCCCCAUGCUGACUCCCUGCUUCUUUCCCACCGGAGCCGCUGCCUUGCCCCCCGGAGACUGAAGACAUGGCACCCAAGAAAGCCAAGAGAAGGGCAGUAGAGGGCGGAAGCUCCAAUGUCUUCUCCAUGUUUGACCAGACUCAGAUCCAGGAGUUCAAGGAGGCCUUCACCGUGAUUGACCAGAACCGUGAUGGCAUUAUCGACAAGGAGGACCUUCGGGACACCUUCGCAGCCAUGGGCCGCCUCAAUGUGAAGAAUGAGGAGAUAGAUGCCAUGAUGAAGGAAGCCAGCGGUCCCAUCAACUUCACCGUCUUUCUGACCAUGUUCGGGGAGAAGCUCAAGGGUGCUGACCCUGAGGAUGUGAUCACUGGAGCCUUCAAGGUCCUGGACCCUGAGGGAAAGGGCACCAUCAAGAAGCAGUUCCUGGAGGAGCUGCUGACCACGCAGUGUGACCGCUUCUCCCAGGAGGAGAUCAGGAACAUGUGGGCGGCCUUCCCACCCGACGUGGGCGGCAACGUUGACUACAAGAACAUCUGCUACGUCAUUACGCACGGCGACGCCAAGGACCAGGAGUAGGGGCCCCCGCGGGCCUCCCUGGCCGACGCUUCCGGCCGGCCCGACCCCCGUCCGGCUCCCAAUAAAAUACAACUGGUCUUUCUUUCUUA